AGCAAUUAGCGCCAUUUGACCUCAUCCACUCGUCUUCUGUCCUGCUUCCCUUCUGUGUUUGCUGGCCAUUCACUGUACAUACCUAGGUUAUCGUCUUACCCAUUUACUUUCGCUCUUUUCAACACACUGCAAGUCCACAUUCAACAUGGACCUCUACCGAGCUACCUUUGCGGGCUCCGUACUACUGAAUCUCUUUGCAUUCUACCAAACCCACCGCUCCCGCAAAGCAAACACCGAGGCGGCCGUCUCGGACAAGAAAGAUGGACUGGAAUCCCACGAGCCCGAUAUGGACGGCUUGAGCAAGCUGAAGAAACGCUUCUUCCCAAUCUAUCUGCUCGUUAACGCCGCAGAUUGGCUUCAGGGACCCUAUAUCUAUCCCAUCUACAAAGAUGAGAAAGGACUCCCCGAAGAAACAGUCGCCUUCCUCUUCCUCACAGGCUUUAUCUCUGCCGGCAUCUCCGCAUCCUUUGUAGGCGGACUUGCAGACCGUUAUGGCCGAAAGACGGCCUGCCUUGGAUACUGCGCCAUCUACUCCCUCUCUUGUGCUACGCUCCUUACCAACAACAUCUACAUUCUGUUCUUCGGUCGUAUACUCGGCGGCCUUUGCGGAACGAUCCUCUGGAGCGUCUUCGAGAGCUGGCUCGUCGCUGAGUUCAACCAACUUAUGCUGCAAGAUGGUGAGCCUCACUUGAGUGCCAUCUUCAGCACCAUGACCACUUCAAACACUCUGGUUGCCAUUGCCUCUGGCAUCUUUGCUGAAUGGGUUGUCACCAAAACAGGCACGGCCAAGACCCCCUUCAUGGCUUCCAUUGCAUGCUUGACCCUGUCCUUCCUGGCCAUCUCGUCAUACUGGGGCGAGAACUAUGGAUCCAGCAGCCGAAGGGCGUCUGAGACCGAAGGUCUUCUUCAGCAAGAAGAGGCGGCGCCGGCGCCUUCCUCAACCUCUGCUCUGCGAACAAUUCUUCGUGAUCGCAACAUUAUGAUUCUCGCUUUGGUAUCGGGUUUCUUUGAAGGAUCACUUUUCUUAUUCAUCUUUUUCAAAUUUCCUGCAUUGAAGCUCAGCCACCAACUCUCCGGCUCGACCGAUGAACUGCCAUUCGGCCUCAUUUUCGCUAUCCUUAUGUGCUCCAUGAUGCUCGGCUCUCUCCUCCACAAACAUGUCUCCACAUCCGCGAACCCCGUACCAGCGCAGAAGAUGCUCAUUGGCAUCCUCGCCGUUUCUUCCGCCUGUUUCUUCAUCCCUGGGCACUUCCGCGACGAACGCCUUACACUGUGGUGCUUCUGCAUCUUUGAGCUCUGCUGCGGAAUAUACUAUCCCGCUAUGGGCUCGCUCAAGAGCAAGCUCAUUGAAGAUGGCUCACGAGCUAGCAUCUAUGGUAUUCUUCGCAUUCCGCUCAACGUCUUUGUCGUGCUAGCGCUCAGCACCACAAAGGAGGGCGAGGCACAUCGCGACACAGUAUUUACGACAUGCAGUGUACUGCUUAUUGUAGCUGCCGUCUUUGUUCACAAGACGUUGGCCUGAUUUCUUUGUUAUGCUCGUGAAACUCUAGACACCAGAUGGGCACGAUGCGCUCAUAGGGGAUGGCGCACAAACUCUCAGUCUUUAGAACUUUGGUAAUAUGUCAGCUCUGCAGUAUAGCGCCGAGGCUAUGCAAACACUAUUUUGUUGUUAUUACCAAGUAUGGUUGCUUUCUGUAAAUAGCACGCGACAUGCACAUCGCCAUCCACAAUACCCACUUGUUUUGUUUUUCUGUUGUCAUCGCAAUCGGUUGAGUACGUAUGCACAGGUAGAUAGCCCGGUAGAUCAUAUGACAUCAUUGUCAGCUCU